CCUGCGAGACGAGUGCGACAGGCAGGAAACUGGGUAUGAGACCGCACCUUAUUAUUUUCUGUGUGAAAGUGACACUAAACAAACAGGCGCCGACUUUUUGUUCAGGAUAGAGACAUUUUACUUUUGACUGCAGCUCAUAUCCUUGAUUGAUGUAUGUAACCUGGUUAUAGGAAUAUAGGCUAGCCUACUCUUGUCGUGGCAUAUCUUUUAGGUUAAAGCCAUCUUUAGAUCAACAGAGUGACAAGUAUAGUCUAUUCAGAACAUGUUGCAGUUAAUAAUUGUUUACUGAAAUGACCGAAUAAGUUUCCGCUCAUUAUUUGGCAACUUGACUGUGACGAAGAAAACGGAGUAACAGUCGGGCCAUUUCUUGAAGAGAGACGACGCACUCACACUUAUUGAACUAUCGGACUUUACUUUAUAUACCCCUAGACAUUAGGUUGACACAUUGUUGUCUAUGAUCAACAGGACUGGUGGUUAGUAGCCUACAACAAUCAACAAUGGACAGACCUGGAUUCUCUACAGCCCCUCAUCCUCCUGAUGUCAGGAUUGUGCUGCUGGGUAAAACUGGAGUGGGGAAGAGUGCAACAGGAAACACCAUUCUGGGUCAAGACGUGUUUCACUCAGCUUUGAGCUUUUCCUCAGUUACCAUGGAAUGUCAAGAGAGAACUGUUCUCAUUGGACAGAAUAGAGUCAGUGUGGUUGACACUCCAGACUUCUUCUAUGCAACACACACACAGGAGGGUUUGAGUUCAGAGAUAGAGAGAUGUAUCUAUCUCUCUAACCCUGGACCUCAUGCAUUUAUCUUUGUUCUAACUCUUGAUACUUUCACUGAGCAGGAGACAGAUGUAGUCACUGUAUUUGAGAAAUGUUUUGGUGAAGUAGCUUCAAGAUACACCAUCAUUGUCUUUACUCAUGGAGACGAGCUGAACAACAGAACAAUAGAGGAACUAGUAGAGAAAAAUGUUAAGAUGUCUGAGCUCAUUGAAGAGCGUGGUUGGAGAUAUCAUGUCCUUAACAACAAAGACAGAGCCAAUAGAAACCAGGUGACUGAGCUGCUGGAAAAGAUUCUCAUCAUGAUGAAUGUGAACGAAAGUAGCUGUUACACACAUGGCAUGUUGCAGGAGGCAGAAAGAAAGGCAAGAGAAGAGACUGAGUUGAUUAAAGAGGAGAGUCUCAGGGAAGAGAGGAACAGAGAAGAACAGCAGAAAUGCUUAAAGAAGGUGGGAAGAGAGAGAGAGGAGAGAGUACAGAGAGAGAUGGAGGAUAGAGAAGAGAGAGAGAUGGAGAGAGAAACUCAAGAGAAAAAAGCACAACGUGGUGCAGCGAUUCUGUCCAUUUUAUGUAUGAAACCAAAGCAUUUCUAUCUGCUCAGUGCUUUAGUUGCAGUGGCCAUGGGAGGCAAUUGUGUAUGGAGCAAAGACCCUGUGAAUGUGACAGAGUUCAUAAGGGGUUCCCUGAUAGGGGUGUUACCUGAGGCAAUGGGAGCUGGAUCAUACACACUUAUAGACAUAGCCUGGGGACCGAUUUUAAGAUGGGUUGUAAGGUCUUCUAUAGCCACUGAGAUCCAGACUGGGAAAUCAGUUGGAACAGCUAUGGGUUUCAUAGGAGCAGCAGCAGUUGGUGGAUUGACAGGAAGGUUAGUUGGCCCAGGAGGAGGAGUGGUGUUAGGAGGAUUAUCAGGGUUGUUAGGAGGAUUAUCAGGGUUGUUAGGAGGAGUUGGUGUGAUGGCGUUAAGAAAUAAAUUCAAAGACUAGAAAAAAGCAGAUAUUUCCCUGUGAUUCACUUCUGAACUACAGCUCCACUUCCUGUCUCUAUAUGGGAGGAGCUCUGAUUGGACAGUUAGAACAUGCACAGUAGAUAGGAAUGCAUCUUCCUAUGAAUCCCCUCUUCAUAAUGAUGUCAUUCUAUAUUAAAAUACCCUUUUGGAAAAUGGUGUCAAGGUGUUCAAGACAGAGAUUCAUGUGAGAGGAGAGUACAUAGAGAAGAGCCCUUGAUGAAUGAGUACAUGUCAUUCUCUAUUUCAUAUUGGCAAGUAUAACAUUUAGCUUCAUAUGACAUUUUACUGUCUUGGUUAUAAUGUGAACAGAUAAAUGUUUGUGAGCAGGUAUUAGUGCAUAAACGGCAUUAUAAUGUGUUAUACAUAGCUCAUGAGGCGUUAAUACAUUUGCAUUUAAUCCAUUAUGAAAAGGGUAUUCGUAGGAAGUUACCAACAAAAAAAUGUUUUAUUGUCACACACCGGAUAGAUGCAGUGAAAUGCGUUGUGCCACAGGGUCACCCUCCUGGAGCAAAUUGGGGUUUAGUGCCUUUUUCAAGGACACAUUGACAGAUGUUUCACGUUGACAGCUCAGGUUGCUGGCCCAACACUCUAACCGCUAGGCUACCUGCCACCCUGUCUUUGAUGUUAACUCUUCUACAUUCUACCAUCUUAUUCUUAAUCUUUCUUUAAUUAAUAUCAAAACACUCCUUCCACACAUACUCUGUUUAUAGACCAAGAACUGUUGGGGCUGGUCCACCAUCACUAAAUGUAAUGAUUUGGUCUGCAUGUGUGAGGGUGUUGAAUACUGCAGUCAUGUUGCAUAGCUGGUAAUGGACAGUAUUUCAAACUGCAUUUUACAAUCAUGAAAUAUACUAAACUGCAGUUUUUUUCUGUUCUUAACAAUGCCAAGAAUCAUAUCUAUCCAGGUUCAUUAACUCUGUAAAAACCACAAGUGUGUAAUUUUGGGAGGCAUGUGUUAUAUAACAAAGUUGUCAAGGAAACCAGUUUGUCUGCUUCAUAGGCCUCACUCCUCCCAUUUGUUGAACGUCAACAGUGAGAUACGUGGAAAUGUAAGUCUCACUGUACUUUGUUCACUUGUACAGAAAUAUGUUGACAUCAGAUAUAAAUGAAACCUUGUCCUCA